AAUCAAUGAUUCCAUGGUUGAUGAGCAAUGUAACAGACAACAUAACUGAGAAACCUCUUGCAAAUGGAGCCCUUUCAUACAUGCUGGAAUGGAAUGGGAAGAAAAUAGGUCUAAUUGGACUUGUAGAAAAAGAAUGGAUUGCUACAUUAGGCACACUUGACCCUGAAGAUGUAACAUUUCAAGACUUUGUGGCUGUUGGCUCAAAAAUUGGAAAAGAAUUGAAAGAUGACGGUGCAGAUAUCGUCAUCGCACUAACUCACAUGCGGUGGCCAAAUGAUGAACGCCUCGCAGAAGAAGCAGAACAUAUCGACCUCAUCUUGGGGGGUCAUGAUCAUGAUUAUGGCCUUAAAGAGGUAAAUGGUAGGUACAUCCUCAAAAGUGGUACUGACUUUCGCAAUCUCAGUAAAAUUACCCUAAAAUGGCCCACACCUGAACCUUCCAGUGUCAUUGUGGAUAUAGAAAGAAUAGAUCUGGAUUCUUCAUACCCUGAAGAUGAAGACACAAAAGAAGUUGUGAAUGAUUAUUUAAAAAUUGUUGACACCAAAUUAGAUGAAGAGCUUGGUAAUAUAUCAGUGCCACUCGAUGGCAGAUUUAGUGCCGUCCGCACACGGGAAACCAAUUUAGGGAAUUUCAUUACUGACAUAAUGCUGUCAGCAACACAAGCUGAUGUUGCCCUUAUCAACUCAGGAACUUUGCGUUCAGAUAGAAUCCAUCCAAAAGGACCAUUCAAACUUCAGGAUCUUAUGGAUAUCUUACCUAUGGUGGACCCCCUUGUUGUAUUAAAAAUCACUGGUGCAAAACUGGUGGAAGCUUUGGAAAACAGUGUUUCAGAAUACCCCAAAUUAGAAGGACGUUUCGGUCAAGUGUCAGGAAUCAUAUUCGGAUUCGAUCCCAGUAAGCCACCAGGUCACCGAGUGGAGUCAGAUUUGAUAAAAAUACAAGGCGAGUAUUUAGAAUUAGAAAAGACAUAUCUCUUAUGUACAAAAGCUUAUCUUGCACAUGGAAAAGAUGGCUACGACAUAUUCAAAGAUUGUGAGUUUAUGGUAAAUGAAGACGAAGGUCCUGUUUUAUCGACUGCUGUGAGAAACCACUUUGAAUCCGUUCAAAUGAUUCAAGGUAUCAAAUCGUGUCGAUCUGGACAUCGUCAGUCACUAAUUGGUCUCGUCAGAAAAAAGAGUCUUAUUAAUAAAAAGGGUGACGAGAACAAGAAAUCGAAACCGCGACAUUUGGUCAGACAAGAAUCCAUCCACGAUGUAGAGAAUGAACUUUGCAACCUAGCACCAAUAGUAGAAGGCAGAAUAUUUAUGCUAGACGACGUUAAGCGAGAGGUGAUGUUAAGUUUAAAACAGUCAUCCGAGCAUCUAUUAAGUGCCGCAAUUCCUGAGGAGACUGGAUAUAACGGGAGUCACCAGACAACUCCAAACUCGGACAACGAAAGGAAUCUUGUUCCGUAGAUACUGCUUUUAUAUAAACAUUUCAUUUUCUUGGAAAAGUUUUGAUAAGGAUAAAACCCAAUGAUCAUAGAACAUAGGCUAAACCUAAAGAGCAACAACAUAAGCAACAACAAUGACCUCGAUGAUAACACCAACAACAGCAGCAGCAACAACAACAACAACAACAACAAUAACACUAAAUAAUAAUAAUAAUAAUAAUAAUAAUAAUAAUGAUAAUAAUAAUAAUAAUAAUAAUAAUAAUAACAACAAUAAUAAUAAAUACUUAGGGAAACCUUUCAGCUAUGGAAUUAUAAAAGUUUAGCGAAAUAAUCUAAAGAGUUUCCAUAGAAAAUUGAAUCAAGCCUCGUGGAUUGCACCUGCCAAGUGUGGUGAUAGCGAAUGAUAAUAAUAACUAGGAUUUCUUUCAUUUGAUCUGGAAAUCAUAGAAUUCUUUUCGGUACAGCAGUUAAAAAUCAUCGUCAACAACACGUAAGAUUAAUAAUAAUUAACAUCCUGACAUAGAAUACAAUUAAAAGUAACAAAAGUGAUAGUCCGUUACGAAUGAAGAAUAAAAUGGAAACAUAUACUGACACAAAGAAUAAAUUAUUUGAAAAACGAAA